AUCCGUUACUCUUAUCUAUUCUAUUGUUCAUCUGUCUUUCAUUUCUUUUCUAAAUCUCAUAAUCUCCCUACGAAAAGGAACAGCUGACGCAAACACUAAAAUAAACCAAUUUACAAGCAGUGCCAAGAGCAACAAAGAAAUGCUACAAAACACAAGAGUAUUGCGACCUUCCCCUCAACAAUUCAACCCUCCAAUUCAGAAGUCAGCACCGUCACUUCCACCAUUCCAACUAGUACCCAAUUCUCCAUCUUUUCCAAUCCUCAAGCAACAAUGCAGAUUAACACGUAGAGAGCUCACAAUCUACAGCAACUCUUGCUUGCUGCUUCUUUUGGGUGCUCAGGCAUUGGAUGGAUCCAAAGCAAGAGCAGAAGAAAAUGUUACUGACACAAAUAACAAUGAUCAACCAGGAGAAAAUUUGGCUACCACUCCCAGCUGCACUGAAAAAAAACUUACCAAACAAGUGUUCUUUGACAUAUCCAUUGAUGGUGAACCAGUUGGUCGCAUUACUAUAGGGCUCUAUGGAGAUGAAGUUCCUGCAGGAGUUGAUAGGUUUAGUAAGGUUGUUAGUGGAGCUGCUGGUAUUAGCUACAGAAGAAAAGAGUUUGUUAAAAUCAUGCCUAAUUACAUCCAACAUGGUGGCAUUAGAUCCUAUGGAGUGGAUGCUGAACUUGCUAAGGGGACAGGGAACAAUUUAGCAGCUGAAAGUCUUGUUGAUGAAUGGGAGAGAAUGUAUGAGAGAUGCCCUGGGAUUAAAAACGUGGCUGGAAGUGUAGGCAUUAUUGUGAGAGACCCAUCAAAACCACCUCCAAAGUUGAAGCUGGUUGCAAGAAAAGGGAAGCUGGAGAUUGAUCAAGAAGAAGUUGGAACUGAUCCCAAUGGAACAGAAUUUGUCCUCACCGCAAAGGAUUCACCAGAGUUGGAUGCAUCAUCUCUGGUAAUUGGAAGAGUUGUAGGAGGGAUGGAGGUUGUGCAGAGGAUUGGUCAGGUAAAAACUGUGCAGGAAAAUACGGGCUCUCCAUAUUUUAGGGUGGCAAAGCUAAUAGGAGACAAGAGGGCUGUUGUAGCAGAAAGAGGAUUCAACCGCCCUUAUUCGAAAGUCAUCGUUACAAACUGUGGUGUAAUGGUGUAGCACAAUGUUUUAUUCAUUCCCUUCUCUAGCUGAUUUCCUGUUUAAGAGAACAUAUCACAUUCUAUAAAAAUCUC